AUGGAGGUAGCUCCUCUAACAUUAGCUCACACCCACGCUCGGAAUGCAGUGCUUGAGACCCGCAAGGCCAACCCGGUCGCUGCGAGCGAGGAGCAUGAUCUAGCUGCCGGUGAGUUCGCCACAGCUGCACAGAACAGCUCCGACAAAGAAGUAAGUCUAUCUGCCCUCAGACAUCCUAUGCCAGGUCCCAGCCUGACCUAUCGCACGAAGGCCUUACGAACGCUGCGCCUACUCGAAACCCACCACAAGAAGCUCGCCGAGCUCCUCAGGUUCCAACAUGAGCAUCCAACCACUGCCCCUACUGAAGUCACAUCCGCUACCACGUCUCCAAAUCUAUCAGUUCAGCAAGCUGCGACUGAUGCCGCCGGCGCAAAGAGCGCAACGCCGACUCAGGAUGCUCACAAUUUACCACCAAGACUAGUGGGAACUGGUCGAAUUCCUAGUCGGGACAAAUCUUCUAUCGCCAGCAACCUUGCCUCUGCACGAGGAAUUCCCUCCCAGCCACGGCGUGGGUCGCCGGCAUCACCAACGCUCUCUUCUCAACAAGCUGCAGCAAAGAUGACCGAACCCCCACCUAAAACUACAACCGGUGAAUCCAGACUGCGGGGAGUGCCAAAUAAAAACCGACAAAGUCGCUUGUCUACACCUAGGCAGCCGUGGUCUCCCCCAACACCCAGUUCCACACAGGCCACAACGCAACAAGUUGCACAUGCCGGCGCAUCUGAGUCUGGAGGGCCCACGGAUAGGCCUUCGGCUGCCGAAGAACCCUUGCAGCGCUUCUACUCAGCAUUUGGUGGACUAGUCGCCAAAGUAUCCGUACCUUUGGCGCUCGCAGGACUUCAAGUGGGGACAGCCAAUCCAACACAAGCUGGACAGAGCCGCAAGUCUUCGGCUGAAGUGAAACUAGACCGGGACCAUGCUACUUUGGAUCGGUCGACGACUGCGCCUGAGCCUAAUGUGAACAAGAUAUUCUCCCGAGCAGCUCUGCGGUCAGUUCGCGACGGUGCCGGGGCAAGUAUCGGAAACCCGGCCGAGUCAUUCUAUGUAGUGCCGACCACAGGCGGGACCAUGUCGUACGCAGGGAUUCUCACUCGGGCCGAGAAGGAAGCACGCAGGAACAGCCUCGAGGAUGGCGAUGAUGAUUUUGUGGAUGCGCGGGAGACACCUUCGUCGCCCGAAAUGCGUCACAGCGGCAGUGGCUCUCGUAUAUGGCCAGGACGCCGGGGUGUUCCCGAUCAGCUUGCCACAGCUCCAAAUACUAAAACAGUGGAAGAAAUGCAGAUGGAGAAUGAAGCUUUGAGGACUUUGACUGACACACUUUCAACCCGACUACAUAUGUGGGAAGUUAACGCGCAAUCUUCUACCAUGGCGCUCCACCAAUCUUUGAAGAUGAUGCACCAUGCUCCAUCGGGUACUACCUCCCCAGUAACUACCAUGACCGCACCUCCGGCUGCAACUGGACUUGACCCACGAGUCAAAGAACUGGAAGAUCUCAUUCGAGACCACGAGCACAAACUCAAGGCUGCUUCUCAGGAGAACGACAAGCUGAAAGAUGUUCUUCGGCGAUACCGGGAUCGCUGGGAGAAACUCAAAGAGGGUGCCAAAACUCGGAGAGCCGAGGCUCGCACUGGCGAUACCCAACUAAACCACUCGCCGAGUGAAGUUCCCGCUUCUCCGGUCACUGGACAAGGCCCAUCUAUGGGCCGACCUUAA